AUGAUUCCAUUAGAAAAAGGAUUCUUCACGAUAAAACUUGAUAAUGAGCAGGAUCAGAGCUAUAUCAAAGCUGGAAAAUGGGAAGUUCGUCAUCAAGAUUUAUGGAUCCGAAAAUGGAUAGCUAAUUUUCCCCCAGAAUAUCAUCGCACUUCUUGUGCCAACAUUUGGGUUCAUCUUCCUGGACUGAUCUUGGAGUACUGGGAUGAACAAACACUUUUCACAAUUUUUGAGGCUUUGGGUACUCCUGUUAAAGUGGAUGAAGCUACCUUAAAUUUUGAAAGUGGUUUAUAUGCAAGAGUUUUAGUUAAUAUUGAUUUGGAAAAGAAGGUGCCACAUAAACUUUGGAUCAAAACAAAACUUGGAGGUUUUAUGCAGAAUGUGUUACUUACUAAUCUGCCUAAAUUCUUCCAUCAUUGCAAGAUUGUAGGUCGUCUUCAGUCUGAAUGCAUAGUUAAGAAGGUAGCACAAGAAGCAAGUAAUCAACAAAAUAACAUCAACUCUCCUCUAUUUGGUUCUACUUCAAUGAAGAUUCAAGACAAAUAUGAUUCUAAACAAGUACACGAAGAAGAUAAAAGCAUUAAUUCUACAAAGUCUACAUCACCUAAGUCUCAUUUUGUAAGUAAGGGAAUUACUGCAUGA